AUGUCCGAAACAGGCGUUGGGCUUGUUUCCAUUGCAGUGACCGUUUUGCCGUUGGUUGUAAUUAUUCUUUUUGUGGUGUGUUCGUAUUUGCACGACAGCCUACAUGGUACCGGACUGUCUGGCAGUAAAGUUGAAGUUGUUGAGCAACUGCUGUUCGGUGGCAGUGACUACUUGCGCAACGUCGUCGUUCUAGCGAUUACAAUUUCCCAGAUUUUCAGCCCAAAUCUUCUCCUUGAGAGCAUGUAUGUGAGCCGAUUGCAGGCUAUCAGCUUGAUACUUGGAAGGACAGUGAGUUUCGCCCUGUGCGUUUUCUUCUGGAACAGGAUAUCAUCAAUGGGCUUUCAGAGCAUCGGAGCAUACCUUAUGCACCGCUACGAGAAUCCAUAUAUUCUGGCUCUGUACUAUAUAAAUUCCCUUAUGGGGUCCUUCUAUCUUUACCAUAUUUAUGCUGGACCUAUCAUUUUUGGCACCGUGGAACAGUUCAGCACGAGCCGAGCCUUCUUCCUUGUACUAACCGGCUACAUAUCAAUUUGCAGCUUUGGCGGUAUGCGGACUACCCUUUUCACCGUCUCUGUCCUUUGGGUGAUGGAAUACGUUGGUAAAGCGAUGUUAAUAAAACAUGCUUACGCUGCCGGCAAAGUUGACCUGGAGAACAUAACAGCUGAAAAUGAUGUGUGCAUGAGCUCAAACCCGUUGAAUAGUUUUGUUGGCAGUUUCUGUCUCCUCAUGGCGGUGCAGCCAGGCUAUACAGUCUUCCACGCGGCCGAGUCCCCACUUACGUCAAAAAUCAGCAUGGCUGUGGGUCUACUCCUCUUCUGGCUAAAUUCUGUGGGUUCCAUUUUCAGCGCCAAUGCCCUCAAGACCUUUGGGCAAAAGCAUAACCUGAGUGGCACUCGAUGGAUCUACGGCCUUCUGCGCUUUGCAAGUGGACCCAGUGCUAAGGAGAGGGCCCUCCUACAGGAUCAAAUUCUCGAGACUCAAGAUAUCAGCGGCUACCUACACGAGUCG